GGCUAUACAUCAGAUCCUCCCAACGAUCACUAAUCUGAGAUGCUUGCAUCAAAAUCCUCACUUAUCCCAGAGCAACACACAGAAUGAAGCUCAUUUGAAUAUAUGUCCCAGCCUGAGAGACAUUUACAGAGUGAAUAUUAUUUUAGGCACAAGGCUCAGAGACAGGCAGGUGAAAGGACAUUCAAAAACAAACAACAUUGACUUAUCCAGAGGAGUUUGGAGAACUGACAAAACGUUUGUGUGGACAUAAAUAUAGAAAGAAACGUGUACAGAGAUCAAACAACUAUGGAAAGUGAGGAGGACUCAAGCACAUCCAGCAAUCAAACAGAGGCAAUUCCUAAUAAAGUGGCGUCUAAAGACAAAUGGAAGAAAGGUGGACGGAUGAUCUCUUGGCUUGUUGGUUCUAAUGUUCUCUUGUUUAGCUGCACAUUGGUGACCUGUGUGUUCAACCAGAAUGUAGAUGUAUGGGAAACUGACUUGCUUAUAUUUUUGUCUGUCAUGCUGGUUCUCUGCAUGCUGUGGAUGCUCUUUCAGAUGUUCUUCACCUGGAAGUACAAACAUGCCAUUUUGUGCAAGGAUUGCCAUGCAGGACCCAUAUGGAUGAGAGGUGGAAUAGUUAUUUUCGGUAUUGGUACCUUAGUUAUGGAUUCGUUUAAAGUUAUACAUGCUGUGGGAUACCUGGGGUGUGAACCCCCUGUGAAAGUUAUCCAACCAGUCCUACAAGCAAUAUUUGUCAUUAUGCAGACAUAUUUCUUAUGGAUGUCCUCUAAACAUUGUGUCCAGAUCUACAUAAAUGCUACAAGGUGUGGUCUCAUGCUGCUGAUGAUCAUUAACCUGGCAGUGUGGGUGAUUGCUGUUACAGAGGAAUCCAAACACCACACUGUUGAAUUAGGACGAUAUCUAGCACAAAAUGGAACAGAAGAAAGUGAAAACAGUAGCCAUGGUCAACAGGAAAAGCUUCAUGACUGUGAGUGCACAUUCAUGUGUACAUUUGUUGCCAGUGAAUAUUACUAUUUAUACCCCUUCAACAUUGAAUACAACCUCUUUUCAGCUACCAUGAUUUAUAUCAUGUGGAAAAAUGUCGGACGAAAAAUUGAUGAAAAUGCUUCCCAUAACCAUGGUAUAGGACCAGCUGUUCGCAAACAUGUCCCUCUCCUGGGUCUGAUCUCAGGUCUGUCUGUUCUAGCUAUUGGCCUUGUGAUGUUCAUCAUGUACGAAAUAGGGAGGAACAAUCUUCUGAAGGACUGGUUAUCACUCACCACAUUCUACAUUUUCCAUGUGGUCAGCCUUGUGAUUAUGAGUUUGGCAAACUUGGUGGGCAUAAUUAUUUUCCACCUUGAUAAAAGAAGUAUGGAUAAUCAAAAGAACCACACUCGCACAUUGGAUAUGGUUCUACUACUGGGUACAACCCUAGCUCAAUAUGCAAUUUCUUAUUAUUCUAUUGUAGCCAUGGUGGCCACCAAUCCCCCUAGUCUUCUGAGCUAUCUCACUCUUAUUUAUUCACUCCUUAUGAUUGUUCAGCACUCUCUCCAGAAUGUUUUCAUCAUUAAAGGAUUGCAUCGUCUACCACCAAAUCACACUAUAAACUCUUCUGACAGAUCUCAAAAAAUGAAAGAUCUUCGUUCUGUUUCCUGCGUUCCCCAAAAUGCAUCUCAUCUUCCAGUGCAUCAACUUUCAAGAAGAGCAACACUUACUAAUCAACUCAAGGCACACCUCAAGAAAAGGAAAACAAUGAAGGAUGUAUAUAUGUUCCUCUUCCUCAGCAAUGUAAUUUUCUGGAUUAUGCCUGCAUUUGGAGCUAGGAUUCGUUUUGACAACGACUUGGAAGUAGAAUUUUACGGCUUUACUAUUUGGGCCAUUAUCACCAAUAUCUGCCUACCCUUUGGGAUCUUCUAUAGAAUGCAUGCAGCUGCAAGCUUGCUGGAACUCUACAACAAACACUAACUGAAGUUAUUUCAGACACACAACAGCUGGGUAUCUACGAAACAAGAAGCAACAGAGCACACCUAUCAGAGAACGAAAAGAGUAAAUGCUGUAACAGAAUAAAAAAUGCAACAAAAAUAACAUAAAACAGCAGUCGAAAAAAGACACAUUUUGGGAUUAGGAGAAACAUCUAAGCUAAGAGCAAAAUAUUCAAAUUUAUAAAACGUAAAGAAAAAUGAAUGCUCGUUGAUCUCAUAUGAAACAGCACCUUUUAAAACAUUA